GACCACUGCUCCGCGUAAAUUAAAUUUGUUUGAAAUUUUUUUCAAUGGUUUGGAUUCCAAUGGGUGAGCCAGAUGAGCUUAACUCCAACGUCGCUAACAAAAAUGACACCAGCAAUCCGGCGAAUGCCACAAAUGGCUUAAGAAGCUGUAAAUUGGAAAAUGGCUCACCGAAUUCCAUUGCUGAAUCGAGGUCAGUUUCACCAAAAACGGGCACAGCAGAAGUUGCACCAGCAAUGUUGCCCAGUUGCAUGCGCAGCUGUGCGACUAAUGGCAAUUGUAGUCCACCAGCGCUGGUGCGUUUACCACCUACUCCCGCAGCCUGCUUGCAUCCCAAGACUGAGUCAAUUUCCGACGGUGAUCUAUCCGAUUUUUCACUCAACGACACCGAAGAGGAGGAGGAGGAAUUUCGCAGCUGUGUGCUCUCGAAUGGCAGUCAGGGAGAAGCCUCGCGCUCCCAGUCAACUUCACCGCGCAACAUGAACAACAUCCUCCAGCCGCCGCGUCAAACAAAUUCUCCUCCAAAUAGCAGCAAUAUUUUGAAGAAUGGACAACCCAUUAGCGGUGCUCCAGUACGCAAAGUUUUCACCAAUACACGCGAACGUUGGCGGCAACAAAAUGUAUCGGGCGCCUUUGCUGAGUUGCGUAAGCUGGUGCCCACACAUCCGCCAGAUAAGAAGCUCUCCAAAAAUGAAAUACUCCGCAUGGCUAUCAAAUAUAUUAAGCUGCUCACAGGCGUCUUGGAGUGGCAGAAGCAACAGGAGGAGCUGCAGCAGCAGCAACAGCCUGCCAGCGGUAAUACGCGUGGCAGCGGUGAGUUGAACAACAACGAUAAGCAACGCAUGAAUGGGCAUCAUGUGCCUGCCGACGGCGUACGCCAGUCGCCGCCCUCACUGCGUCAGGUGCAUUUGAAACAAUUUCACUUGAAGUGUGAGCGCGGCGGUAGCGCUAUAGUAGCUGGCUCUCAACGGAAUAGUAGUCUCCUAAUGAUAGCUCCUGGUGCUAUGAACACGCGUGCUAUUAAAAUGGAGCACUUGGAUGCGGUCGAGUUGGGUGGUGCUGCUGGUGGUUUGCCUACCGUUGCACCUGCAGUGGGCAUUGCAGUGCCUUCUCAGGCAUCGAGUUCAGCUGGACGCGUCAAUGGUGUCGCUAGCGGACGCAGCAAUAAGCGGAAGUCGAAUUCGAGCAAUAAGGCAAGUGUGGAUGUGACAAGUGAGAAUAUUAACCAUAAGAAAAAGAAGGAAAAUUGAUAAUAUUUGGGGAUUUUUAAAGUUAAAAGUUAAAGUAAUCAAAAGGCUCG